AUGAGCAAUCAAGCACCCAAUGCAUCUGCAGUAUAUAACGGAAUAAAUGGGUAUACUGCAUAUUGGUACCAACCGAUUCAGAAUGUGCAUAAUAAUAUCGUGAAACCUGACAUUGAUAAUAGAAAAAAUAUACCAGAGUGUUUAAAAAUGAACAACGCGGAUUCAGUAAAGCUACUAUCAUUGCUCAGUGAAUGGAAGAUGGGAUUUUUAUUCAGGACUCUUUACGAUGAAUUUGUCGAUGUCGAAGCAUUAAAAUACAUCACUCCGGCCCAAUGCGAUGUACUGUUGAAAAAUUAUCCUCUGGGCAUAAGAAUCAAAUUCGUCGGAAAAUUGACGGACUGGAAACAUUUGACUUUGUCUGAAAUCAUCAACAAUCCCUCUACUUUACCUUCAUUCCCCAGUGUGUUCUUGUAA